AUAGUUUAGUUUGUUGUCAUUACUUUACAUAUAGAGCCUCAUCGCUUAGCACGCCAAAGGACAAAAAAGAAGACAUAGAGAGGUCAAGAUAUGGAGAUUGGUGAUACAAGAGAGAGUAUUGUAAUUGUGGGUGGUGGGAUUUGCGGCCUUGCCACUGCUCUUGCUCUUCACAGGAAAGGCAUUAGAAGCGUGGUCCUGGAAAGAUCAAACAGAUUGCCAGCAACCGGAGUAGCUAUUAUCGUGCAUCUAAACGGCUGGCGUGCACUUGAUCAGCUUGGUGUUGCCUCACUCCUUAGACAAACUUCUUUUCCUAUACUCUCCGGACAAUUUAUUUCACUCGGUAGUGGUGAAAUUGAAGAUAUGGAUGUUGGGAAAGAAGAACUGAGAGUUUUGAAGAGGACCGAUCUCAUUAGUGUUUUGGCUGAUAAUUUGCCUCCCAACACUGUACGUUUCGGGUGCGAAGUGCAUUCUGUUAAGUUGAAUCCCGGAACUUCUUCUCCAGUUCUUCAACUUCAAGAUGGAACAAUUUUGAACCCCAAGGUUGUGAUUGGAUGCGACGGAGUGAACUCGAUCGUAUCAAAUGUGAUGGGGGUGAAGGCUCCAAAUAUUUUCAGAAUAUGUGUCAUAAGAGGCUUCACAAGGUAUCCAGAUGGUCAUGAAUUCGGUAGUGAGUUCACUUUAACGAGAAAAGAUGAUACUCAGGUGGGACGACUCCCCAUGACCAAAAACCUGGUGUAUUGGUUCAUGACUCGAAAACAUUCUUCUCAAGAUUCGGCAGCUUCUAAGGACCAGAAACUAAUUCGGGAGUUGGGAGUGAAAUCGGUGGAGGGCUUCCCUACAAGCACCAUAGAGAUGUUUAAGAAUUGCGAGCUAGAAUCUUUACAUCUCACAGAGUACGUGAGAUACCAUACACCAUGGGACAUACUACGAAAACCCUCUCGCGCGGGAACUGUGUCACUGGCGGGAGAUGCCAUGCAUACCAUGGGACCUUUCCUUGCACAAGGUGGCUCAGCCGCACUAGAAGAUGCAGUUGUGCUUGCUCGGUGCGUAGCUCAAAAGACUUGCGUCGAUCCUAGUGGAAGAGGAACUAAACUGAUGGUAGAGGAAGCGUUGGAUCAGUACGUGAAAGAGCGAAAGACUCGAGUUCUGAGAUUGUCUUUGCAGACAUACCUAAUUGGGAAAAUGUUUCAUACUUCAUCACAGUUUGUUAAGCUCAUAUGCGUUGUCCUUCUGGCAAUCCUGUUUAGCGAGGCACACGGCCAUACCCGCUACGACUGCGGCAGCCUCUAAGAUCGAUGCAGAUAUGGCUCUGCGUCAAGUUUAAGGAUUAGGUGAUUAUCUGUAGAAUUUUGUUUCCUGGAAAUGAAAUUUCCAUUUGAUGGAAAAUAAGGAGAUAAUAAACUAAUUGAGAUAAAAAGAGGGAAUAUUUGUCCUUCUUACAUCUUAAUAACUUACAAAUACAUGGACACAUCCACAGUAUACAGUUGCAAAAUUUACCUACAUGCGGUGGCAAGCUCAGGAAUCGCCAUAUUCUAUGUAUCCUACAAAAUUACAAAUACACACAGUACAUCUACUACCUAUGCUGUUGCAGAAACUGGGAUCUCUGAGAUCUUAAUUGUUGGUAAAGCGGGACGACCUUUAUCUGGAAACGGAAGGAGCUUACCUAAAUGCAAGCUUUUCAUGAUCCAGUUAAGAUGGAGGCUCAAUUUUUAAUUUUAUAGGAAAAAUAGCAUGUGAGCCAAUGUACUUGUAAAAGUAAUUAAUUACUUACCAUCACUGCUAACUUCUGCUCGGACGCACACUGCCUCAAGUGACGUGAUGCCCUACUUUCAUCCUCAGCAACAAUGGCUCCCAAAGUGGACUAACCACUGGAGGGUUUUAAAGACCUUCCCGCCUCCGUGCUGCACAACCCAGAAAUUUCAACAGGACGAAUCAGACUACCGCGAAAUGUCUCUUCAGAGUAAGAUGCAUGCCAUGACCAAAACCUAUGAGAGCAUGAAUUUAGU